AUGUCAGAAAAUGAACGCAGAAACAGUCCAGUUGGUGCAGUGCCACAUACUAUUCUGAAACCAAGGGCUUCUGAGUUGUACACAGGCAAAGACAGACUAAGGAGGGCUAUGGGUUGGACAGACAAUAAGAAGAAGCAUCUGUGUAUCCAGAAUGACUGGGCUACCUCAGAAUUGAUCAAACAAUACCUCAGUAACCACUGGAAGAGCAAGUCACGCGAGGAGAGGAAAAGGGUGGCCAGCACUUCACCACCAGAUAUUGAUCACCUUGAGCGUGAAGGGGAGCAGGAACAGGAGCAAGAGCAACCACAAGAUGGGGCAAAUACCAGGAAUAUUGAUGAGAAUCGGGAAUAG